AGAUGCUCCAGCACUAGGGCUUCAGUGAGGUGCACACUUUCAGUCCUGCUAUCACCAUGGACUUCAGACAGCCAAUUCUUCCACCACGCAGAUCAACUCUGAUUCAUCAAGGACCUCCAAAACGAAUCCGUCUACAUACAGAUAGAAAAGUACUUAAUGAAAAUGGGAAAGUCAGAAAAUGGACAUAUGGGAAAAAGGACACCAGUAAGCAAAACAAAAUUGUUCUGCUGGUGGGAGAGACUGGAGCUGGCAAGACGACUCUCAUCAACACCAUGGUCAACUACUUAAUAAAGGUGGAUUUUGAGGAAGAAAUAUGGUAUGAAAUCACAGAAGAAGAAGCUGGAGAUCAAUCAGAAUCGCAAACCUCUGAAAUCACCAUGUAUGAGGUCUGUCCUGUACAGAGUGCCCUAACUCUUACCAUCAUUGAUACGCCAGGCUACGGAGACACUAGAGGACUGGAAAAAGAUCUGGAUGUUGCUGCGAAUUUAGCCACUCUGUUUCAGAGCAGUGCUGGAGUUCGUGAAGUUGAUGCCGUGUGUUUUGUGAUUGAAGCAUCUAAGAAUCGUCUCUCAGACAGGCAGCAUUACAUAAUCAGUUCAAUUCUGUCUUUGUUUGGAAAAGACAUUAUGAACAACAUUGUGUUUUUAAUCACACACUCUGAUGGUAUGACACCCAAAAAUGUCCUCGGUGCUAUCAAUAAAGUUAAAAUCCCCUGCAGACGAGACAAAAGCGGCCAACCUGUUUAUUUCUUAUUCAACAAUCGGCAGGCUGACACCCGUCCUACUCAAGAGCGGCACAUUCGUGCUCAAAGCGAUGCCUGGGAAUCCAGCAUGGACAGCAUGAAGCAUUUCCUUCAGUCUGUGAAUGAAAUGAAUAGAAGAAGUUUAGAAAUGACUUCAGAUGUCCUCAUAGAGCGCAUUCAAUUAGAAGCGGCCAUCUGCAACUUACAGCUGCGAAUUCAGGAGAAGGAGCAGAAAAAGGCAGAAAAACUUCAGAUUCAGGAGGCAAUAAAACAAAACAAAGAAAAGAUUGAAAACUGUAAAAACUUUGCCAUUAAAGUCAAAAACACUAUCAAAGAGAAGGUGCCCACUGAAAGUGCCUCAUGGAAGAAUAGGAAGGCGACGACCUGCACCUUCUGUGAGGAGAACUGCCAUGAGUUUGACUGCUGGUGGGUUUCUGAUCCCAGCAAUUGUGAAGUCAUGAAGAAAGGUUACUGCACUGUGUGCACUGGGAAGUGUCAUCACAGCAAACAUGUAAAAGAAAACAAGAAAUACAUAAUCAAAUCCUCAUUUAUGAUGAUGGAAUUUGAUGACAUUAAUAAGGAAUAUGAACAAGCUAAAGAAAAAUCCAAGAGGAUUUUGAUUAUAAUGGAUUCGCUUGACAAAGAUCUGCAAGAGAUUGAAACCCAAAAGUCAAUUCUUCUGUUCAAUGCUUACAAGACCAUCAAGCAUCUGUCUCAGAUUGCAUUAAAGCCAGACUCUGCCUUCACUCUUCAGCAUCUCGACUUCUUCAUCCCCAGACUGAAGGAGGCUGGGAAAGAAACCUGGGUCCGAGAGCUGGAGGAAAUGAGGAGAACAGCUGAAGCUGAGGAAGCAAAUAAAGAUGCUCUGAGUUACCUUAAAGCUGGUCUGACUAAACUAUUCCUCGGUGGGCAAAGUUGAAAUUCCUUCAAUGGUGGGGAAAGAGUUAAAUCAAUAAUACUUAAUGACUUAGUUUAAAUCAGUAUUUUGGGUAUUGGAUGAUAACAGAAAAUGUUGCAAACAAACAGUAAUUUGUUUCACCAUUUUGUUUUUUUAAAUCCUGAAAAUCCUUUCCUGUAUAUUUAUUUUUGCUUAUGGUUAUUUUGUUUAGAUUAUUGUCUGUAUUUAUAAAUUGCUAAAAUCUCAAACUUGAUAUUUUCUUUAUUUACAUUUAUGCAUUUAGCAGAUGCUUUUAUCCAAAGCGACAUACAUUGCAUUCAGCUAAUACAUUUUUUUUAUUUAAUUUAAUUUUUUAUUUUUUUACCAGUAUAUUUGAUUUCUGUUUAAGUCAAGAUUUUCAGAGUCAAGCCAGCUGACCUCUUCAACUUAAGGUUUGUUUCUACAAGAAGUAUAUAUAUAGCCUGGUAGAAAAUUAAGGUGCUCUGAUCAGAAGUUUUGGGGUUGACCAUCGAUCACUGGAAGAUGUAUUGGCUGACACAGGUCAGGAUCACCAAUCAUGGGACUAUUAUUUUUCUCAGGUAACAUUAUUUAUAGGGAUGCUUCAGUAAGUAUUUUUUUUUCCAGACAUUAUUUAUUUUGCCAUUUUUACAACACUAUUUUUAUGUAAAGAUAUUAAUCUGAGACUUCCAACUCAUAUCCACAAAUUUUAAUCAGCAAUGCUAAUGUAAUGUAAAGUUCUUGUGUCUAGGAAGUGGGUUUGGUUGCAAAUAUAUGCUUUUAUUUAGCAAAUACACAAACACUAUUCAAGCUUAAUAACAAUACAGAAAAGCUAGUAAAACAAAGUUGACAGAGAAACCAAGCACACUUAAAUUUACCAAAAGAAACACAUUACAGUACAAUAGAGAACAGCUCAAACAAAAUCAAGAAAACUUAAAAAUACAGAGCUUAAAACUUACAACUAAGGGAUCAGUUACAAGACACUAUUUUCAGCUAAUAACUGGAAACCUUCCAUCCAUUUUGGCUGUUAAUUUACAUAACAGGAGUUUUGGGGGCCUGAAAAUGCAAACAUUUAAAAACUUGUUUCAAAGUGCAAGUUUUUGAAAAAGAUACAUCUGUAUAAACAAUGUAAACUCGAAUUUGUGAAAAUACAUGGCCAUGCAUAUUAUGUGUUUAAAAAGAGUAUGUCAGCAGGUGCGAAGUGGCACUGCCAACUACUGGCCGGCCUGACAUGCAUAAUACAGUGUUUAUUAAUCAUUUUCAUGGGUCCACGUGAACAGGGAAUGUUUUGACGUUGUUGUGUAAACGUUUCCUAAAGUUCUAGCUACAUUUUUGGUCUGGUGUGACACAUGCAGGUUAAAGGUUCAAUUAAAACUAUUGCCUAAAACUUUGGCUGUUAGCUUGUUUCACUUUCUGUAGAUUGUCUAAUAGUAAUGAAAUAGUUCACCUUCAUUUGUUGGCUAACAACUAAAUAUGAGCUGAUGCUAAAAAAUUAUUUUAUUGGUUUAUUAAUUAAAUUAAUUUUAAAAAUUUAAAUUUAAAAUUUACACAACAAAGCCUGACAACUUUGUAACUUGAAAGAUGAAUGCACAAUUGUAGAGGUGGCUGCUGGAUGAGCCUAUGUGAAUACCUAAAUGUCGAAGUUCUGGUGUGGACAGAUUAAAAUGGUUUGAAACAAACAUUCAACUAAUUAAUUACUUAUUAAACUCUUGUUUAGAGCCAUUUGCAAAAACAAAUAGUCCAUUUAUGAUUAUGACAUCCUCAACUCAAUGAAUGUGAAACUUUGGAUAUUUUUUAAGUGUAGACGUUAUAUGUGUAAUAGUUGAAUAUGUGUCACUAACAAUAUGUGACAAUGGCUUGUCAGUUACGUAAAUUAAUUAUGGUAAAAGUGUAGUAACCAUGCUUUUUUGGCAUAUUGAUUAUGCCAUUUGUAUGUGCAGUGCUGGUUCUAGUCAAACACACCUGACAAAAUGUUUUUUUGUAUAAGCUUUUGUCGUAAAUGAGUUCCUAACUGAAAUUGCCAUGGUUACCUAAAUGGUUACCUACCUGCCAUAGUAAAGGUGCACAAAACUGCCUGCCCAUUCAGAUAAUUUGAGGACUUAAUUUCUGGCAAUAUUGUUGACUUGAUUGCACAGACACUAUUUGAAGAGAACUGAUUGGAGCUGGACGAUGUCAUCACUGAAUCAAUAAUGAACUGACUUUUACUGAAAAAUUUACUGUUUACUAUUGUCUUUUUUUGAGCUGGUUUACAGAAGAACUGAAUUUUGUUUGCAUUAUUGGCACACCAUUUUCCUGUUUAACACUGUAAAGCUGCUUUGACAAUCUUUAUUGUAAAAAGAGCUACUGUACAUAAAUAAAGGUAACUUGACAUUGAAAUUGACUUCUUUUGUUGUUGUUGCUACGGCAAUUGCAUUGGUAAUAAACUAUCAACAUGAAUUCCUAACCACAAACACAAUACUGUCUUAUUUUUCAAUAAAACAGAAUAAAAAUAUUUUAAGC